AUGGAGAACAUAGGCCCUCAGCUUAAUCAACCGGCAACCUCUCGCAUGCUCAGAAGAGCUUCCAAUUCUUUGCAAGGACCUCCGCCAUCGCACGAUCACAAUAGAGCAGACGAUCGCCACGCAAUGCUUCCACAACAUGACACACUGGGUUUGUUACCCUCUGCUCCAAUCUCGCUGCCCGAUCCAGCUACCCAUAUGAAGAACAGUCACAACCAGCCGCAGGGGCAGCCUGGUCAUAGCCAACAUUCUCACCAAAGCCUGCAAAGUCACCAGGGCCACCAGAGUCAGCAUCAGCCAAAGGCCAGCCAGAACGCAAGUGGCCAACCGCCACUGCAGCAGUUCCAUAGAAAGUCAAUUGGUGACUGGGACUUUGUUCGCACAAUCGGCGCAGGCUCCAUGGGUAAGGUGAAACUCGCCCGUCACACUGAAUCCGGUGAGAAAUGUGCCGUGAAGAUUGUCCCCAGAGCAGCUAAGCUUUAUCAGAGGGCACACGCCAACGACCCUCCUGUGAAAUCUAGCGAGGAAGCCGCUCAAAGGCAAAAAGAAUUCGAAAAGGAAAUAGCUAGAGACAAAAGGACAAUCAGAGAAGGCGCUUUGGGUCGUCUUCUUUUUCAUCCGCAUAUUUGCAGACUUUACGAAAUAGUGCCCAUGACUAAUCACUACUACAUGCUAUUCGAGUACGUCGAGGGAGGUCAAUUGCUUGACUACAUCGUCUCCCACGGCUCGUUGAAUGAGAAAUAUGCUCGUAAAUUCGCUAGAGGAAUUGCUUCUGCGCUCGAUUAUUGCCACAAGAACAAUGUGGUCCAUCGUGAUUUGAAGAUUGAAAACAUUAUGAUUAAUUCUAAGGGUGAGAUCAAAAUCAUUGAUUUUGGAUUGUCAAACUUGUACAUGCCUCACCACUUGCUCAAGACAUAUUGUGGCUCUCUUUACUUUGCCGCUCCUGAGCUAUUGAGUGCUAAGCCUUACGUUGGUCCUGAGGUGGACGUUUGGUCCUUUGGUGUAGUCUUGUACGUUCUUGUAUGUGGAAAGGUUCCAUUCGAUGACCCUGUUGUUUCCGCUCUCCAUGAGAAGAUUAAGAAAGGACACGUCGAGUAUCCUGCUUUCAUUUCUAAAGAGUGCGCCUCGUUGCUCUCUAGAAUGUUAGUUGUUGAUCCAACUAAAAGAGCGACUCUAGCAGAGGUGAUUCUGCACCCGUGGAUGAACAUUGGUCAUGAUCAUUUGACCCCUAGCUAUACUCCCGAGCGUGUGCCUUUGUCUUUACCCUUAGAUCCAGAAAUUUUAAAGGCCAUCGCACAAUUUGAUCUUGGCUCAGUCUCAUUCGUGACUGAAGAACUCACGAAGGUUAUCUCGAGUCCCGAGUAUCAAUUGGGUUGCGACAACUGGUAUAAAUACGCUCAAGCAGGAAAGAAGCCUCCCCCGGGAAAUAACAUCACUCACGGUUUUCACCCACUUGUCUCCAUUUACUACUUGGUCGAUGAAGUUCGCAAGAGAAAGAGAGCUAAGGAUGAGGCAAUCAAGAAACAUCUUCAUGAGCAGGCUCAUGCUCCUCUUGAGGCGCCAAAUUCUGCAGCUUCAAGUCUGGCGAUACUGUCUUCUGGGGCCCUUCGUCUCAGUUCUCCUCGGCCACCACUUGCUGACAAUUUGCAUCCACCUAAAUACGCUCAUCAGACUUUGAAUCCAGGCUCGCCUAAUCCUCAACGAAGCCAUUCGAUUUCAAAUGCAUACACACGUGAGGGAAUGGAUACCCGUCCUGAACCUUUGGUAUCGACACCAAAGCAGCCUUCUUCUCAACACGAGCAAGUUCAACCUGGCACCCCUCAGAACAUUCCUCAAUUGUCUUACCCAGAGCCGGUUCAUACACCAACGAUGCCUCGUUCUAUGAACAAAGCAUCAUCUCCAGCAGAUUUCGAGAAUCAAUACACAACACAAACUCCGGUUCUGCAAAAUCCUCCGGAGACAUUGGAUCCAAAUGGUGGGAAGUCGCUGGGCCUCAACAAUCUUCUCAGAAGAUUAUCCUCGAAAAAAUCCAAAAGUCCAGUCUCAAAGGCUUCUUCGCCCACGAAGGAAUCACCACUCCCCGCCCGCUUUCCAUUGCCAGUGGAAGAUAGAUCACCAAUGUCUCCUGCUGACUCUCCCCAAUCCUCUCUUGCUUCGUCGAAGAGAGAUCCAAUGAUGCGUCGCGGUGUCAGUAUGAAGAUCACCGCAAAGGAGAAGUCAAGUGGUUCAAGAGUCAACCUUCAAAACGAGCAGUUGGGCAAACAAAGAGAUCAAGAGAAAGAGGAGCCUAGAUAUAAAACACAUGUGCAUUCUGCAUCAACUUCAGGUAAACCUCAUAAUUUCAUCCCGGUCGAAUACUUACCUCCCUUGCCCAAUAUUGAUCCGAAGCAAAUGGAUGGAAGUGUUUCAUUUGCUCCUUCGAAGCCAAAUGAAUCUUCAAACCGUCCUCCUAACAUCAAAAAGUUUCAUCCAAACGCGAGAGCAAAAUCUGUUGGAUCUCAUGUUCUUAAGGAUUUGCCACAAGGAAAGUCAAGUAUGGCCCGUCCUAUCUUGCCUGACGCUAUGGCUCUGCAAAAUAGCGAUGAAGGUAUUGAUGAAAAUGUCGAUAUGACAGAUACUCCUCACUACGAUGAUGUAGCUCUUUCAGAAGGAAACCCAACCGAGCUUCCCGCAUUGAGUGAGGAGCAAAUCAUCCAACAAUUCAAUCAUGCAAAGCGCAAUAGUAUGCCGUCGAUUGAAUAUCCAAAGACUUUGUUCUUGAAAGGCUUUUUCAGUGUUCAAACCACCUCUACUAAACCAUUGCCUGUGAUACGUUACAACAUCCUCAAAGUUUUAAGCCGUCUCGGCGUCAGAUUUCAGGAGGUCAAAGGAGGGUUUAUGUGUGUCCAUUCGGUGUACACACCGGCACGAGAGCUUGAUGCGGACCAAGAUGAUGCUCAUUAUGCAAAUGCGAUAAUUGAUGGUUACAAACUGGACGACAAUAGCGAGGAUACGAAAUACAAUGGACAGAGUCCCAGAUCGUCAGAAACGGAGUCGAAUACUCCGGAGUAUGUCCUUAGAUCAAGUCAGAACACAGAUCACUCACAGCACUCUUCUGACACCAGUAAGCCUUCGCUUCAAGUUAUAACGUCGCCAAAUACCACUGGAUAUGUGAAAGGACACAGAUCAUCAAACUCAACGAGUAAUGCUGGUCAUCGUAGAAAAUUUUCGGUUGGACAGACUUUCUUACAGAAUUACAGAAAGAAGAAUGGUUCUCAAACUUUGAUGCCUCCCAACACUCCGGCGUCGGCUAGAUUGACAAAGCUGUUGUUGGGUGCAAUGGAGUUAGAUGAUGAAGAUCUCGAUGAGGAGACUCGCAUGCAACUACAACAACUUGCAGAUGAUGACUCUGUCGACUCCCUUAGCGGCAUCAUGAUAGGUGGCGGCAGUGAUAUGCUUGUCUCAUCUCGCAUUGAACAACGAGCCAAGCAUCAUCGAGUAAGCUUGGGUAGCGAUGAAGAUGGUCUGCCUAAGAAAAAGACCCCAUUGAAGUUUGAGAUUAAUAUUGUGAAGGUACCUUUGGUUGGGUUGUAUGGUGUACAAUUCAAGAAAACACUCGGAAACACUUGGAGUUACAAGACGUUAGCCGGCCAAAUUUUGAAAGACUUAAAUCUUUGA